GACUUCUCUUGUCCUCCCCUUCCUCUGCUCUCCAGUUUAACUGGGGCAAAUCCAGCCAGCCGCUGUGCAGUGGGACCCUGAGGAUGUAAUGAGGCUGGAUGCCACUUGGAUGAGCAGUAGGGCGCCUCUUGUCCUGUAUAGAGCCUAUCCCUUCUACACCGCUCUGCCUCCGAGGGCAUCACACCUGCUGUCCACCCAGAAACGUGCACUCCCGGAUGUCCACUCCUGUUACUAGUUUAUAAACGCCCUGAGCUGGCCCUCAUCUCAUCCACAAUAAUACCCAUCAAGUAACUGAUGUGUUUGUUGAGCCCAGCUGUUUUCAGGACAACUCCCUAACCCAAUUUAGGAAAAAACAGCCAAAAAAAAACCUCUUUGAACCCCUAAAUCCUCAUCUGGGAAGGCUAAUUCCACAGUUCACACCAGGCCAACACAGUUUCGUGACCUUGUCCAGUAGAAGGCUACUUUAUUUUUACAACGGCUCAAGUCCUGACAUAGAAGAUGAAGCAAAAUGCCACAAGAAAUGCUGCCUACACUGUGGACUGUGAAGAUUAUGUGCAUGUGGUAGAAUUUAAUCCCUUUGAGAGUGGGGAUUCAGGAAAUCUAAUUGCGUAUGGUGGCAAUAACUACGUGGUCGUUGGCAUGUGUACAUUUCAGGAAGAAGAAGCAGACAUUGAUGGAAUUCAGUAUAAAACACUACGAACAUUUCAUCAUGGAGUCAGGGUUGAUGGGAUAGCUUGGAGCCCAGAGACUAGACUUGAUUCAUUGCCUCCAGUAAUCAAAUUUUGUACUUCAGCUGCAGAUAUGAAAAUUAGAUUUUUUACUUCAGAUCUUCAAGAUAAAAACGAAUACAAGGUUUUAGAAGGCCAUUCAGAUUUCAUUAAUGGUUUGGUGUUUGAGCCCAAAGAAGGCCAAGAAAUUGCAAGUGUUAGUGAUGAUCAUACCUGCAGGAUUUGGAACCUGGAAGGAAUGCAGACAGCUCAUUUUGUUCUUCAUUCCCCUGGAAUGAGUGUGUGCUGGCAUCCUGAGGAAACGUUCAAGCUUAUGGUUGCAGAAAAGAAUGGAACAAUCCGGUUUUAUGAUCUUUUGGCCCAACAGGCUAUUUUAUCUCUUGAAUCAGAACAGAUGCCAUUAAUGUCAGCACACUGGUGCUUAAAAAACACCUUCAAGGUUGGAGCUGUCGCAGGGAAUGAUUGGUUAAUUUGGGAUAUUACUCGAUCCAGUUACCCUCAAGAUAAGAGGCCAGUCCACACAGACCGAGCCUACUUAUUCAGGUGGUCCUCAAUUAAUGAAAACUUGUUUGCGACUACUGGAUAUCCUGGCAAAAUGGCAAGCCAGUUUCAGAUUCAUCAUUUAGGACAUCCUCAGCCCAUCCUCACUGGUUCCGUAGCUGUUGGAUCUGGCCUCUCCUGGCAUAGGACUCUACCACUGUGUGUAAUUGGAGGUGAUCACAAGCUCUUGUUUUGGGUGACUGAAAUGUAAAGUAAACUCACUGUUACCUUGGAUCCAUAAACAUAUUUUUAGGACAUAUUUUGGACAAUUUCUUAUUUUUACUUAUUUUUAUAUCAAAUAUACUGUAAGUUCUAGAAAUGUCUGGAUUGUUUUGUUAAAUAAAAUAUUGAU